UAUUUUAUUGGUUUCUCAAUUUUCUUCAUUCUGGCUCUGCAACACAAUAUAUCACAAACCCUUAAGCCCUUACCCACCUGCGACGCCGCAUAGGUUUGAUAUUGUUUUCAUUCGUUGAAGUUGAAGGUGAUGGAGAUGGAGAUUGAGGAUGAGAAACAGCACAAGUUCGAUGUGGACCUCGGACACCUCAUGGCUUUUGACUCCAAUCACACCUUCCCCUCUCAACCACCUCUUUCCAGGGAGGACCUCGUCAAGCAGUGUUUACUGAAAGGCACUCACUUGGUUCAAGCUAUCGCAGAUGCCCUCUUCACCUUACCAUCAACCGAAGAUGUAGAUGGCCCCCUAGUCAACUUGCCGCCGCCACUAACUAAAUUGCCAAGAGAAAAACAUCUGCCAAAACCUAAGCCUCCUACUAAAUGGGAAGUUUUUGCCAAAAAGAAAGGCAUACAGAAUCGGAAGAAAGACAAGAUUGUGUACGAUGAACAAACAGGAACCUGGAAACGCAGAUAUGGAUAUGAUCGUGCAAAUGAUGAAGAUGCUGUACCUAUCAUUGAGGCAAAAGAAACUGAUGGUAAAGAAUCUAACAUCCCUUUCCUCGUGAACUGCUACCGUGCUUCUUUAAUGGGCAUGAAUAAGGUGUAGAUUACGUUAUCACUU